UCUAAAGGUCCAGCUAGGUUCCUGGGUCCUCCACAUUACAAAGUUCACAGCAUACCGGGAGAUCUGCUGGGUUAGCUACUCUGGGCAGAGCAGGCACCAGUCUACAGAAGGGCAGUGCCCAUCCAGAAGGUCCAGUCUGUUGAAGUCUUCUCCCUUCGCUCACUUCCCCCUGCCAUGCCUGUGGCACAGCAUGCCUCCGGCUUCUUGGGGGAACACAGUCCUGGUGCUCAGAGGUCCUGCCAGGGAGGUCUCUCCCUGGAACGCGUGCCCAACUCCAUUGCCUCCCGCUGCCGCCUGACCGAGCGGGAGGAGGAAGUGGUCACCUGUUUUGAGAGGGCCUCUUGGAUGGCUCAGGUGUUCUUGCAGGAGCUGGAGAAGACCACAAACAACAACACGUCCAGGCACCUGAAGGGCUCCCACCAGGCUGACUACGAGCUCACCUACUUCCUAGAAGCCGCCCUCCAGAGCGCCUACGUGAAAAACCUGAAGAAGGGGAACAUUGUGAAGGCCAUGAGGGAGCUUCGUGAAGUUCUAAGGACCGUGGAGACCAAAGCGACACAGAACUUCAAAGUGAUGGCUGCCAAGCACCUGGCAGGAGUUCUGCUGCACUCGCUGAGUGAGGAAUGCUACUGGAGCCCCUUGUCCCACCCUCUGCCCGAGUUCAUGAGCAAGGAGGACAGCGCCUUCGUCAUGCAGGCCCUGCGCAAGCCUCACCUCUAUGAAGGGGACAACCUCUAUUGCCCAAAGGAUAACAUCGAGGAGGCCCUCCUGCUGCUGCUCAUCAGUGAGUCCAUGGCAACUCGGGACGUGGUGCUGAGCCGGGCACCAGAGCAGGAGGAAGACCGGAGUGUCAGCUUGCGGAAUGCUGCGGCCAUCUAUGACCUCCUGAGCAUCACACUGGGCAGAAGGGGCCAGUACGUCAUGCUCUCCGAGUGCCUGGAACGAGCCAUGAAGUUUGCGUUUGGAGAAUUUCACCUUUGGUACCAAGUGGCCCUCUCCAUGGUGGCUUGUGGGAAGUCAUCCUACGCUGUGUCGCUACUGCGGGAAUGCAUGAAGCUGCGGCCCUCGGACCCUACCGUGCCCCUGAUGGCUGCCAAGGUCUGCAUCGGGUCCCUGCACUGGCUGGAAGAGGCGGAAAACUUUGCCAUGAUCGUGAUCGGCCUCGGUGAGGAGGCUGGGGAGUUCCUCCCCAAGGGCUACUUGGCCCUGGGUCUCAGCUAUAGCCUGCAGGCCACUGACGCCACCCUGAAGUCUAAGCAAGAUGAAUUACAUCGGAAGGCGCUGCAGACACUAGAGAGAGCCCAGGAACUGGCGCCUGAUGACCCCCAGAUCAUCCUCUAUGUCUCCCUGCAGCUGGCCCUCGUUCGACAGAUCUCGAGUGCUAUGAAGCACCUGCAGGAGGCCCUGGCAGUGUGUAAGGAUGAUGCCAGUGCCCUCCAUCUGCUGGCCCUGCUCUUCUCUGCCCAGAAGCACUACCAGCAUGCCCUGGAUGUCAUCAACAUGGCCAUCACCGAGUACCCUGAGAACUUCAACCUCAUGUUCACCAAGGUGAAGCUGCAGCAGGUGUUGAAAGGCCCAGAGGAAGCCCUCGUGACCUGCAGACAAAUGCUACAGCUGUGGCAGACUCUGUACAGCUUCUCCCAGCUUGGAGGCCUGGAAAAAGAUAGCAGCUUGGGUGAGGGGCUCACCAUGAAGAAACAGAGUGGCAUGCACCUGACCCUGCCUGAUGCCCAUGAUGCUGACUCCGGCUCUCACCGGGCAUCAUCCAUCGCAGCUUCACGGCUGGAGGAGGCCAUGUCAGAGCUGACCAUGCCCACGUCGGUCUUGAAGCAGGGCCCCAUGCAGCUGUGGACCACGCUGGAACAGAUCUGGCUCCAGGCUGCUGAGCUGUUCAUGGAGCAGAGACACCUGAAGGAGGCAGGCUUCUGCAUCCAAGAGGCAGCUGGCCUCUUCCCUACCUCUCACUCGGUGCUCUAUAUGCGGGGCCGCCUGGCUGAGGUGAAGGGCAGCCUGGAGGAGGCCAGGCAGCUGUACCAGGAGGCACUCACGGUGAACCCGGACAGCACACGCAUCAUGCACAGCCUGGGUCUGAUGCUGAGUCAGCUGGGCCACAAGAGCCUGGCUCAGAAGGUGCUGCGGGAUGCCGUGGAGAGGCAGAGCACAUGCCACGAGGCCUGGCAGGGUCUUGGCCAGGUCCUGCAGGCCCAGGGACAGACUGAGGCUGCCGUCGACUGCUACCUCACCGCCCUGGAGCUGGAGGCCAGCAGUCCCGUGCUGCCCUUCUCCAUCAUCCCCAGAGAGCUCUGAGCCCACUGCAGCAGCAGCGGGGGCCAGACAGUGACAUGCAGAUGUGGGCCUCAGGGAAUACAGCAGUAGUAAACACUCUGCAAGCUGUAGCCCCCGUUCUCCCCUCUCCCUCCAGGGUCACCAGUCUGAGCUUGCGCCUGCUCCUCUCAAGCUGGGUGGACAAGAUUUGCAUCCAAAGCAAAUCCCUUGCUCCCUGGGAUUUAGACAUGUGGUGUUUGUGGGUAGGGGUGUUGGGAAGCCACAUCAUCUAAAGGUGCACUGAGGGUCUGUGUGUCUUGGGUACCUGGCCCCAAGCCCUGCCCUCAACAUCCCUGACACCUGGAUUUUCCCGGCUUUGGACAGGUUCCAGUCCAGAGCCUCUGCCCCACAAGAGAUACACCCCACACGCUUUCUCUGGUCCAGUCAGUCUUUUCCCUCAUUCCUUCCCAGGGCCUUGGGGGACAGAUUAGCAUGGACCCUCAGUGACCUUGCACUUGUGACUGGGUGUAUGCUUCAGAGCUGGGCUCCCCUUCCCCCUGCACCCUGCCUUGGGCACUAGGGACCCCAUUCCCAAGUCUUGCUUCCCAUAUCACCCCUGGGUCUUUCCCAGGGGCCUCACAGCCUGAUUGCUGGCUCACUGAAGACAGUGAGGUCCCCGGGUUCCUCCCGAUUCCCAUGAUGCUCUGCAUUGCCCCUUUGUCUGGAGGCCAGUGAGCAGCACAA